AUGUGUUGUAUAUGUAGUAUGUCUACACCAGGUGGCAGCAGUUCGAAAAAGAAAGGCGUCAGAGGUAAAUACAAGGGCAAGAAUGUUGAGGAGGAGCUCUCCAAAACACAAUCUGCCAAGUUACCGAUUGAGGUGCACGCAGAGACUGGCACCCCCGUAGGCAAGAACGGAAAAAAAUUCAACAAUAUGGCCAAAUGGAUGACUCGGAUGUCUAUCCCCAUUAAUAAAUUCAAAUGGGAAGAUGUCAGUAGAGCUGACAUCAACGCACUCUGGGAUAGACUUGAGACCAAGUUUAUCCUCCCACGAGAUAACCCUACAUUCGUAGACUACGGUGAGUACGAGAUGUCAAAGGGUUUACGUGACUGGAGGGCAGACUGCAAGAAGAAGUGGAUACAAAACAUUGAGGAGCUUGGACAGGAGAGGGCCGACAUGUCACCUCCUGAGGGAGUAACUCAAGAGGUGUGGAGUGACUGCAUCGCUUAUUGGAGCACAGACAAACAAAAGGCGAGAGCAGCGAAAAAUAAAGAAAGUCGGGGUAAGAUGAAAUUUUUAGGAGGCUGGGGCUCCAAGCCCAUUGUUUCACAUGUUGUCGAAGGGGCUAACCCCGACACAGGAGAACUGCCAACUGCGGUGGAAACUUUUCAAAAGUUUCACCAUAAAGGCAACGAUUGGCGCAACGAGUUUGCGCAACAAGCUUACGAGCAAAUGGUUGAAAUAGCGGCAACUCAACCAGCGCCCACUGCAGAUGAGCCCGAAGAGCCUGCUGUCGAUCCUACACAGUACCCCCGAGACUUACCUGUUAUGACGCAAGUACUCGGGGAACGAUCUCGGCAUCUUAGAGGCUUUGGUCAUCUCCCCAGACUGAAGGGAGUUGGGGCCAAAAGAGCACCUGCCACGCAUCCUUCAGCCCAACCGACUGUUACAAUGGAACAGUACGAGGCUUUACAGAAAAAAGUGGAGGAAGCGGAGCAGACAACUCAACAUACGAGGCAGCAGUAUGAGACACAACAACUCUACCUCAGACGAUUCCAAGAUCAGUUUGAGUAUCUUUCUCGAGCUGUGCCGGGUUUCAACUUGCCUCCCAUGGAUCUUCCACCAUUGCCCACUCCUGGUGCUGGAUCAUCGGCUGCUGCUGGUGCUGGAUCGUCAUCGCAGCCUCCCGAGACUCAGAGAAACAACGAUGACGACAUUACCCGCCUAUAGAACUGUACUUUUUUUAUUAUCCAGUUCGAACAUUUAACAUUUUGUUUAUAUACUGAUUUUAGUAGUAAUUAAUGUUGGUUUAUCUUGUAA